AGAACUAAUUGGAGGAGGUGCGUGCCCUGGGCCGCCAUUUCCGCCGGCACGGCGGUGCCAAUUUGGGGUUUCGAGAAUUAGGAAAUUCGUUGCUCAAAAAAACCUUCUCUCUCAAAAAAAAAGAGAAAAAAAUGUCUCUGGGUUUUGCGCUCUACAGAAGACGAAAUGGCGCAAAGUUCCAAUUCAAUGCAAGUUUAUGGUUACGAUCUGUUGCUGGGGCUAAUUGCUGCGUUUUACGUGUUCAUGGCGCCUUACACUAAGGUUGAAGAAAGCUUCAACGUUCAGGCAAUGCACGACAUUCUGUACCACCAGCAUCAUAUAGAAAAGUAUGAUCAUUUGGAAUUUCCUGGAGUAGUCCCUCGUACAUUUAUUGGCUCCAUUCUCGUAUCAACUCUAGCUUCUCCAUUUGUGCUAGCUGCUAGUUUAUUGCAGUUUCCAAAGCUAUACAGUCUUUAUGCAGUUCGUUUGGUGUUAGGCUUCAUCAUAUUGUCUUCGUUGCGUUUCUUUCGUAUUCAGAUCAGGAAGAACUUUGGAUCUCAAGUGGAAGCUUUUUUUGUAAUAUUGACUGCAAUUCAGUUUCACAUGCUGUUCUACUGCUCACGCCCCCUUCCUAACAUCUUGGCAUUUGGCUUAGUAAACUUGGCAUAUGGGUAUUGGUUUCAGAAAAGGUUUUAUGCAGCAUUGAAUUCUUUGGUUUUUGCCACCAUCGUUUUUAGAUGUGACAUCCUGCUACUUGUUUCACCACUGGGGCUUGAACUUUUGCUGUCUAGAUCUAUUUCAUUGCGGAAAGCUGUAAUAUCGUGCUUGAUAGCUGCUUGCUCUUUCAUAGGAUUGACAGUGAUGGUUGAUUCAGUCAUGUGGAGGAGGAUAUUAUGGCCUGAGCUGGAAGUUUUUUGGUUUAAUUCAGUGUUGAAUCGAAGUUCUGAAUGGGGUACUCAUGCGUUUCACUGGUACUUCACAUCUGCUCUUCCCCGCUCGUUGCUGGUGGCGUAUCCACUGUCUGUGCUAGGUUUAUUUCUUGACAGAAGGAUUCGGAUGUAUGUUAUUCCUGUUUUAUCUUUUGUUACGCUCUACUCGAAACUUCCACACAAGGAACUCCGAUUCAUUAUUAGCUCUCUUCCUAUCUUCAACCUAUCUGCUGCAAUUGCUGCUAGCAGAAUCUACAACAAUCGGAAAAAGAGUUUAUGGAAAUAUCUUAACAUUGCCAUGCUGGGUCUGUUCCUGAUCAGUCUAGGGUGUACGACCUUAAUGUUUAUGGCAUCAUAUGAGAACUAUCCUAGCGGCCAUGCCCUAAAAGUUUUGCAUAAGAUGGGGCAUUUGGAACACAAUUCAAAUGAACUCUGGGUUCACAUCGACACGUUCUCAGCAAUGAAUGGAAUCUCACGCUUCUGUGAAAAUCAUGCUCCGUGGCGGUACUCUAAAGAAGAAGGGAUUCCUCUUCAAGAAUUUCAGCGAAGAAAUUUUACCUACCUUUUAAGCGAGCAUGCUCAGAGAAAUGGUUACAAGUGUCUACUUAGCACAACUGGGUUUUCUGGGACUCGUCUUCAUGCUGGAUUUCCUCCCAUAUUGCUGGUUAAAAAACCGAAGGUUUUUGUACAUGGAAACACGAAUAACAACGAAAUAAUUCACAGAAGCUGGCCAGGAUGCUGAUUUUCAGAUCCUUGAGGUAAAUUCUCAGGUUGUUGUAAGAAAGAUAGACAAAUUGACUGGGAAACUUCCGCUGCUACACUACCUUAAAACGACGAAAAAUCGUCACAAUUUUUUUAGAAAUUCAUACAUGUCUUCAUUUCUGUAAUUUAGAGAUAGAAGUCCUUAUUGCUUAUUGCUACACUUUAAUGCGACCUCUUCCUUUCAUGAUGUAGCUAAUUGUGUGUGCUUGAUAUUCAACCAUGUUAGUUUAAUACUCAUUUUUUGUGGAAAUUUUUUCAUAUUCCAUUAAUGAGUAAUGACAAGUCUAUCGUUGACUUGGACUAAGACAUACGUUGCCUAAAAAGUCUCCUAUACUCCUCAGUCCUCACCGCAUAUGAAAGCCUAAUCCCAUCCACCUUCACACCCCAAUUCAAUUUCCUUUUCUAUUUCUACUUUAUUUCCUCUUAAACAUGGCUAAUUAUGGCGCCACCACACAGAGGCCAUCCACCACUCCUCCACCUCCGCCUGCCGAGAACGACGAUGUAUCAAAAGAUUCGUCGAAAAAGAAGAUCUAUACCAUAGCCUUUUCGUGCCCUUUCGACAUACCUUCAAGCCCAGAAUCAGCUGCGAUUAGGGUAGCGAGAAACCUCGAAAGCUUCAGCUUGUACUACGUGACGUUCAUGUGGACGGUGCUCUUCAUCGCCCUCAUCCCACGUCGUAAUGUCUCGAUCGUGUUUCUUGUUGCCACCACCGAAGUGGAGUUCAUCUACUCCCUUCUGUUGCGGGCUCUCCCUGGUUCCGUCCUCCUGCACCGGAUCAUCGACAAGCGGAUCGUGUUUUUUAUUCUCUUCGUGCUCGUGCUUACCGACGCUGCUCUUCAUCUCUUGAUUGUCCUCGCUUCCACCGUCCCCCUCGUAAUACUUCAUGCAGCGUUGAGCAAUAGAGAUGCUCCGAUCGAGGAGGAGGACGGAGAGAUGGCGCGCCUAGUCGAAGAAAAGCUCGGCGGCAGCGGCGGUGCUGAUGCUCAGCCGGAUAUUUUGGUCUGAAAUAUUGUGCUUCUUUGGUUGAGUUUUCCUACUAGUUGAGUCGUUGACUGUAACGGUGGCGCAUGUUGCGCAUGUACUACUAUUAAGUUAUGAGUAUUGGAGUAUAAAUUUCUUGAA